GCAGUGUUGUCAACUUGACAGACUAGGGAAUCCUCAGGGAAGGGGAUAUCUUCGCGUGUCUGCAGAUUAUCUUGAUUAUAACAAUUGUAAAGGAAGACGUGGCCACUGUGAAUUUUGUACUGUAUAAAUGGGGAACGAGGACUGAGCAAAGCAAGCAUUCAUCUCUCUCUCUCUCUGCUUCCUGACCAUGGUUAAAAUGUGGCCAGCUGCUUCAUGUUCCUGUUUCCUUGACUUUCCCGCCAUGAUGAACUGUACCUUUGAACUGUUGGACAAAAGAAACCUCUUCUUUGCCAAGGUGCUUCUGUCAGAUUUUUUUUUCAAUAGAAACAGGAACUAAGAAGACACUAGGAAAGCACUGUUUGACAUAAAUCUCCAGGCUGCACAAAUAAUGCUUGGCCUAAUUCAAAGUGCACUGGGGUGUCUCUGGUUCUUUUUGUACCAUCUAGAAGAUGAGAUGCACAGUAUCGGUCCUGUCCUGAUGUCAGUUACUGUCAUUUACAUGUUUGCAUCUGGAUCAUUUUUCAUCAACUCAGGAUCCAGCAGUAUAGUCCAGGGUGAUGCUUCAGCAUGUCAGCUUGUGUUAGGAAUUGUAAUGAACACCAUAAGUAUCUUCGUGGCUAUUAUUGGAAUAAUCAUAUUUGCCAUUGAGUUUCCAGCUUUUGAAGCCCUGGGAAAGCAGUACAUUUGGUCAAAUAUGGCUGGCAUGAUGCUUCUGCAGAUCUCCAUCUUAUGUACCAUCUCAGAGCUGGUCAUUACAGUCAUCACAGUCGACUUGUUCAGAAACACGUUUCAUCGACCCAGACUCUGGGAUGAACGUUCCUCAUCUUCAGAAUCCCUAUCCAAAACCCUAACUCUACAUGAACUAGAAGUCUCUGAAGGCUCCCCACAAAAACAAGUGACAGCUAAGAAUGACAUGACAAAGUGAAGAGCCCUGUGAUUG